AUGAUCGACACGUAUCGGAGACAGAAGACGAAGCUUGAUGACGAAACGAGAGGAAAUGUGGGACAUAAGAUACAAAAGCUCGAUAUUAUCAAUUAUUCUUACGCGUCAGGCCUAGCUCCGGGCAUCGCUGUGGGGGACGGACGAGGUUCGAAGUCUUCGGAGGCUAUUCGAUUCGCGAUCCCGUUACAACACUCCUGCAACCGAGUCCCCAGUCCGGAACCGGAACUCAAAGCUUCGAAUAGACCAGCGACCCGCCACGCGAAGCAAUCCGAGCGCUCCACGUGUCGAGCCCGACACGCACUUCCCGCUUUUAGGGGCGCGCUUCCACUGGCCGGUAAGUUGCCCCCGCCCCGUUACACUCCCCCGCUCUGCACACCCAACGGCCCCUCCCUCCCGCUCCCGGCCCCGCUCCUCCUGCUCCCCUCGGAUCGCGCCAUCCAACGGUCGCGAGUUCCGACCCCGAAGCACCGCGCAGACUGGAUAGAGAAAAUCCCCGCGGCUGCUGCAGCUGCUCUCGCAAGGCUUGGGGGAGGGGGCGGAGGAGGGGAAGGUGGGGCCCGCCUGCUCCCCGUAUCCGAGCGCCCGGGGGCUCCAAGUGGACGAGCAAUGCAAAGAUGGCCAGGCUCGGGCAGGCCCCAAAGGACGGAGGGAAAUAAAACUAGACGGAGCUCAGAGGAAGCAGAAGGCGAAAAAUCGCAAGACUGGGGGAGAAUUUCAUUUGCGCAGGAUCGCGGAGGAGGAGGCAAGAAAUUAAGAGGCUUUUCGUGGAUGCUGCUCGUGCUGGUGCCGAUGCUGAUGCUGCUGGGAGCACGCGGGCGCGGGAAGGAGGGAGGCAGAGGGGAAGAGGGGAAGAGGGCUCGGGGGGGGAGGUGGGAGGCGAGGCGAGGGGAGGGGAGGCAGGCUGACUUGUCGGAACAUCGAGCUAUCUAUGGCGGAGGAGAGAAAAUCGAAGAAAAGUUGUACUCGGAUGCGGCAACGGACUCUGCAUAUAUCGAGGAGUAUGAUUCGAAAUGUGGCAGCGGGGUGAUAGGUUGGACCUCUUUUGGCAGAUUUUAUUGA